AUGUUCAAUUAUGCAACGAUUAAACAUCUUCUUUUACUCUAUUCAGAUAUAUUUGAAGAUCGUUCCAAUUCAUCAUUCUCGUUUCCAUUACUUUAUUUCUAUUCACGAAUAUCAAAUAUGAAUAUUGGUGCAUGGCCUUUAGAAAAAGAAGAAUUAACAAAUUCUCAUGUUCAAUAUCGAGAAACGGGAUCAAAAGAGAAUGCGCAACUUUUUUGGACAAAAUCUUUUCUACAAACAAGUCCAUAUGAUAAUAAACGUUACCGUCAAAUUGCUUCUCAUGCAUGUGAACGUAUUGUUCAAGAAGAAUGUAAACCAUCGUCAUCUAAAUCAACUCUCUAUCGUCCAUCUAGUAUUAUAGCUGUUAGUUUAAGUGAAACAAGUACAAGACAGUCUAGUUCAAAUAAUCAUUUAACACCUCAGACAAUUACUUUACCAAUAAGUUCAUCAAAAAAAUCUUCUCAUACACGAUUUUCAUGCUAUUUAAAAUCUCAUAAUACAAAAAUUCAAUCAAAACAAAUCAAAAAAAAAUUACCAACAACAAUUGUAUCGAAAAAUAAUAAUUAUUAUCAUGAUAAAAACAAAUCUUUCAUUUCCAAUAAGAAUAUUAUUAAAUUAAAAAAUGAACAUCGAGAAAACAUGUGUCAGAAAUGUUUAAAAAUCAUUCAAACAAAUUCCAAAUAUAUCUCAUCAAAUAAUCUUUGUGAAAAAUGUCUUUAUUUCAUUCGAAAUUCAAAUAAUAUCAUAUCAAUAAAAAAAAAUAUUUUAAAUAAAACUGAAGAAAAUGAAUUACGAAAAAUAAUUGAAGUAGUUAUUGAAGAAUUUCAAGAUCAAUUUGGUCAAGCAUUAAAUUUAUCUAUUAAACAAAUGACACAACAUUUACUUUCGAAUAUUAAUCUUUUCUAUAAUCAUUAUCAACAAGAAUUUGAACAAUUAACAAAAAAAUAUCGUUUAACUUUUCUUCAACGUUUUAUAGAACUAAUGAAUAAGUUUCAAACAAAUCAAAAAAUGAAAUCAUCAAUUUUGGAUCGAAAUUCUAUCACACAUCCACCUGAUAUAUUAUCAAUGUCAUCAUUAAAUAGUUCAUUAACGACAGAAAAAGAUCGAUCUGAAACUAUUGCACAUUUAACUACACCGUCAGAUUCAAUAUCAUUAUCAACAACAUCAAAUCGUUCUAUUAUUAUUGAUAAAAAAAAUCAUUCAAAUAAUAAUCAAAAACAAAAACAACUUUCACUUCAACAUAGUUCAUCGAAAAAGACAUUUACAAUAAAUGGAAAUAUGCAAAGACAAUCUUUCAAUAAAUUUAAAAAAUCAACAUCGUCAUCACUUCAAUUAAUUGAUGCGUAUCGUUUUCGUGAUACAUUACGAAUGAACAAUACACAUUUCUCAUCUCCUCGUCCAAAAAUUCGAGCAAAUAUACAUUAA